AUGCCAAGAGCAGCACCCGUCGAUCUGUCCACGCGGACCGGCGCAAACAACCCAACCGAACUUUGCCAACAUCGUUACCGACCGACGCUAACAUCGAUACCGACCGACGCUAACACGUUACCAACCGACGCUAACAUGGUUACCGACCGACGCAGGCGUAGCAACCGAUGGUCACGCAGCCGGAGGAGCCGCUCACACGACCGCCUCGCCCUGCACCUCGAACACGGCCCGCGUGUACCUGGUGAUCGCGUCGUACGUGGUCUUGAGGAGGUCGCAGCGCGAGUCCACCUCGGGGUCGGAGGGGGCGACGCGGUGGGCGGAGGGGCGGGGGCGGCGCGCGGGCCCCGCCCCCUCGGGGGCGCGGCCCGCGGGCGCCUCGCAUCAUACGUCCAGCUCCUCCAAACCCUUGGAGAGGCGGUGCGAGUUGAUGCGGCGGCGGUGCGAGCGGCGCACGGCGUCGGCCCUCCUGUACGGCUCGCUACGCAGCCCGUGCAGAAUGUCUUCCAGGGCGCCGUUGUACACCUCGUCCUGGUGCAGGAGCUUCUUCUCGCCGACCGUCUGCGACUUGCUCUUCAGCUCGUUGAUGACCGCCUCCUGCGUUGGCGGGGCGCGCGCUCGGAU